CAAUAGUGUUUAUUGUAUGUUGAGUGGUCGGACAAGAAUAAAACACAUUGGUCUAGUUAGUCAAGAAUACACUACUUCAAAAAAAGACGAUAAUUACGUCCUAAACUCUACUUUUGUCAAGAAUAUCUAGAAAAAGGAUGCAAAUCUGGACAUGUGCUUCACUGGCUCGUGGUUCAUACCGAAUGGCCACACAAUAUAGGUACCAAGUGUUAGUAAUGCUGUUAUUAGGCUGUACAGUGCUGGUACAUUACAGCUAUGACGUGAGGUACUUACUAUCACUGCGCCUAGAGAAAGAAUAUGAAGGAGACACACUGAAUGAUACUCUCAGAGCUAGUCAGCUUACCUUAGCCCCAAACACAACCAGUCCCCUAUUGUCAGCCCCAGGCGAGGAGGUGCUGACUCCAUCUGGGCCAAUGUUUCAACGCAUCAACCAGAACGACGCCUGGGUUUACUCCGCCUUCUUUGACACAUACAAAGACAAGAAUCUGAUCCGUGUUUUUGGAAUGCAACCUCACGCGUUACAGAAUUUAAUCUUUUGUCAUCUGGGUUUUAAGCACGAGAAUUACACGAUGGAAGGGAAGAGGACGCUGUUACAAGAUAAUCAUGGCUACAG